GCCUGAACGUACGUCGAAACGUCAACACCAAAGUUAUAAAAAAAAAGCUAACUCAAAUCAUCAAAGAUCUUUGAACGCGAACUUGAACUUCAAAAUCAACCAUAUCGAGUUCGCCCAACUGAAGAACACAUCGAAUUCCAUUGGAAAUUUCAACCACAGACAGUCGUCGUGGGGCCACGUACCUCCCUUAAAACAUAUUUCUCGCAAACAAAAGUAAUAAUAAUAGGAACCAAACGAAGUCGAGAAGAAAGCAGAAGAGAAGUGAACAAGAAACAAAGAGAAAGAAAACGAAAAAGAAAACGGAAACGAAAAAGCGGAAAAAAGCGGGAUCACCAUGGAUACCCAGCUGGAUGCGCGGGUCCCAUUUCCGGCCUCGUUUCCGGAAACGUUCAAGAAUUUCUUCGACAUGAUGAACGAAGACGAGGACCAUGCAGAGCUCUUUGCCCACAUGCUGGAGGAUAAGGUAAUACCCAUACCGCGACCCAAGCCCAGAAAGAUGAACCCGCAGCGCGGACGCUGCGGUGGCAGCUUGCGAAGCAACAGCGCCAGCGGCCGCUCUGAUCGUGACGACAGCACCGAGCGCAGCUUCCAGCUGCAAAUGCAGCUACAGCAGCAGCAGCAGCAGCAGCAUCGGCAGCAUCUGCAGCAGCUUCAAAAUGAUCAACGCGGUCGCCGCGCCAGCAUUAGUAGCGGUGGAGAAUUCUAUCGCGAAACAAGCGACAUUACCGAGCCGUCGGUCCACUACCCCUACUUGACCCCCGGACGCAUCCACACGCUGCGCUCGACCCAUGACCGCAACGCUCAACACCAUAACAGUCCAGGCCUCAGCCAUACCGGUCUCGGGCCCAUGCUUUUGGGCCCAAAUGUAAGUUCCAGCUCCAGUGGUACGAAUAUGCAACUGACGCCGGGUCCUGACGGCGGCGGGGGCUGGGGCGGUGGCGGUGGCGGCGGCAAUGCACCGCCAACAAGCGCUGACCAUCUCAGGCCAAGACUGGCUCAAGACUGGCAGCCAAGUACCCCGCUAGAGUCGCCCCAAUCUUCAUUCCAUUCACAUCAUAAUUUGCAGCUAGAGGUCAGCGCUGCUUUCACAAGUGGCUACACACCCCCAUCAGUGGCCACAGCCGGAUCCUCAAGCGGCUAUCACCAUGCAUACGGGCCACAAAUGCAAGUACCGGCCCGGUCAGGAUCCAUCCGUCGCCAGCUGCCGGUUAAUGGAGCCAGCAGUGUAGCAGUAGCUAUCGAUGCGUUCGGGCGAAUGGAGCUGGAUGAAGAGGAACGUAGAAGCUGUACGGAACGGAUCUUUGAUGUCGCCUUCUCAUGGAUAUCUAUGUGUGUCUGCGCAGAUGCCGAGUGUACAAAAGCGACAGACAGAUAUGACGUACCUACGCCUGCGUGCCGCCCAGAACAGUCUUACAGCAACGGCCAGAAUCGCCCAUUGUAUGAGAUGGAGCGUGCCGGGGUGGGUCACCAGCGGAUGCUGCCCAUACCGCCGGUCAGCAGCAGACACAGCGGUGGCCUUCGAAGCCGGCCCAUCGUACAGGCGUGGGUCCAGGAGGAGAAUGAUCGGAAUCUAAUACGGAGCGCCGCAGUCCCCGUGGUGCACACCCAGAGUCGACAUGCGGACCCGAGGAACAUCGAAUCCGUGGGGGCCGUACAGGAUUGGCAGCAUCUGAGAAAUAUUGAUGCUCCGCCACCGCGAUACGAAGAAUAUAUGUUUGCUGCCCAGCAUGCAGGCGGCAGUCGGCAAGACCUUCGUCGUGGCUCCGCGGCGGAACCAAACAUGCAGCACUCGGUCCGGCACUAUAUGGCACAGGAGGUUCAUCCACGCAGCUUGCAUAGCGUCGAGCACAGCAGAGAGCACGCGGAAGUAUCCAGGGUUUUGACUAUACAGCAAGCCAUGUGCGGAGCGGUUUCCCCGCAGUACGGCACCGUGGUCGACCACCCACCACCCUCAUAUAGCGAAGCGAGAGCCAUCACUGGCGUGGUCGCCGUAAAUGAAAUGUCCAGCGGACUGGGAGCCAGUGGUUCGGUACCGGUCGAGGCAGGGUGCAGCACACCGAAACGCGCUCGCCAAGUGCAUAUCGAGCGGGAGCCUCCCAUCGGCGAGGCAGCGGCAUCCCCAGCACGGGGACAACGGCAUAACAGCUCUGGCACCUUGUUGGUGCCGGGACUCAGCAACCGCGUGGCGCCCAGGCAGCGAAGGAGAACAUCCAGUAUGCCGGCCGAGUGCCCCAGGGUGAGUAUAUCCUUGAUUGCGGUGCUAAAAGCCAGCUCACUUCCUCUUUUGCCUCUCUCGUCCUCUCCUCCAUCUCUUCCAUCUGCAUCACUGUCGUCCUCUGCCUUUUCCCAGCCACAACACGCGGAGGUGCGUCAGGCGGUGAAACAUGCAGAAGAUCAGGGCAUGGAGUACUACCGCCUGCGCAGUUUUAGCAUUACCUCUAAUGGGGUAUGCAAUUUAGGGGACUCCCUGCGAUGCCGCAGGUCACGCUCGAACAACUCAGUGACAUCGGGGGGUACCUCUUACAGCGGCAAUCGAUACCACAAUAGAAACGCAUCGGGGAAUAUCAUCGAAAGGACCCUAUCACAGCAGACACUGUCCGGAGAGCCACCCACCUUCAAGAUUGCUAUGCUUGGUAGUCCUGCGGUUGGGAAGUCAGCCCUAUCGUUCCAGUUUACGACCUCGGACCAUAUUUGCGGCUACGACCUAAGUCUUGAGAUGGAAUAUGGGCAGAAGACAGUGUCUGUACUGGUGGAUGACGUUGAAUCGGACAUUGAAGUUGUGGAUCAUCCCGCCUGCGAAAUGUCGACGGAGGCUUUUUGCGCUACAUACGACAUCGACCUGUUUGUGGUCGUCUACUCUGUGCUGGACGUCUACUCGUUCCGGAAUGCGGAACGCGUGUUGCAUUAUUUGCGGGAAAACGACAUGCUGCUCAGCCGCGGCGCCAUAUUGGUGGGGAACAAGGUGGACCUGGAACGUCAUCGCGCUGUGCCCCAAGAGAUGGGCCACAAAGUGGCAACGGAGAUUUCCUGCAAGUUCAUCGAGACGUCGGCGGGGCUGUGCCACAAUGUCAAUGAGCUGUUGGUGGGUGUGGUGGCUCAGGUCAAACUGAAUCCCCAGCGCCUGAGCAUGCUCAGUCCGGCCGACCUGGAGCGCGUGAAUAUGCAGAGCAGCAUCCAAAACCACAGACGCAUGCACCUGGAGCGCCAACUGAGCAUGUGCCACAGUGACCACGGGCUGGCUCCGGAUGCCGAAGACGACCCCAAUCGUCCGCACAUCAGUCUGCGAGACAUUCUGAAUGUGGGAGAGAGUGAUCUGGAGGACUCCGAGGAAACCGAGGCCCAGCGGCGACAUCGCCUCAUGACCCGGUUUGAAUUCCUGGCGGCCAACAUCCGCAACGAAUCGGUGAGACCGAUCAGCCCUGUUGGCAAGCGAUGCUCCAUCGGCACCGCGACCUCGGACAAUAAGGUCGCGAGACUGCAGCGCCGGGCCAUGGACGACUCGCAUCUAGGUCGCCGCGUGUGGGCUCGCCCGGAGUGCAGAAAGCACCUGUUCCUCUUCAAUUGCAACGGCAGGGUCAAGAAGAUGACGGCACGCACCAAGACGUUUGUUUCAUCGCUGCUACGCUUCAAGGCAUCCCACUGGCUGAGUCGUCGCACCUCUUCCAGCUGCACCGAUCUCUUUGCGAUUUAAAUGGAUUGAUAGAAAUAUAUAGAAAGUAGUGGGGGCUUGGUGUGGGGUUUGCACGGAAAGGAAUAAGGUAACGAAUAGACUGAUUUUACACAAAAGGAAACAGUGCAGGAAACGCAACUAUGGCAAAGGAAAGGAAAUAAACCAAAACAAAAAAUCAUCAAUUACGUACAAUAUUUGCCUUUUCGGUUGAUUCCAAAAACUCUCAGAACAUGGUCCGAUGGCACACCACUUUGGAUGCCUAAAAUGUAUCCGCUAUUGGACAAGCAGCAAACAAAAAUAUGAUGUCCUUCCGUUUACCCAAAAACAUUCCAAUUGGCAAACAAUAGUACCUAAUAUGUACCUAAUGCAAAUUCAACGCGGACAAUAUUUAUUAUUAUACAUAUUAUUUAUUAUUAUUAUAUUUAUAUAUUAUAUUACUAUUAUAUUAUAUAUAUUACUAUGAUUAUUAUAUUAUUAUAAUAAGAAACGACCCUGACAACUUAAAAACGUGAGAGGAAACCCGAAAAUGGCACUAAUGACUGGCACGACCAGCUAAUACCGGACAUGACUAAGCAGCAACGAUGAAAACUGCAGUAGAUCGGGGCUUUUUUUUUGUGAUGGUUCGACCAAAUUGAAGCGUCCCGAAAAAAGAACA